GUGUGAACAAAUGUUUUGUUUCAGAAAAAUCAUAUUCACUCCAACUUAGUUAUCAUAACUCACUAUUGCAUCUUUAAACGAGUUAGGAACGUCACAUUUAGAUAAUCUGACAUGUUCGCAAAUUUUCUCUCGUUUGCAGGAACAGAAAUUCCGAAUUUCGAAUUCGGUGCUUCGAAGGUGCUGCCGGGUUUAUAUGUGGGAAAUUAUAGAGACUCCAAAGAUGCAAAUCAAUUGAACAAAAACAAAAUCACCCACAUCCUAGCAAUACAUGACACAGCCAGAAGAAUACAUUCGGAUAAACAUUAUCUCUGUGUAAUGGCAUCAGAUUCGCCCGACCAAAAUCUAGCACAAUAUUUCUCCCUCUGCAACGAUUUCAUCCACGCUGCAAGGUUACGUGGAGGAAACGUACUUAUACACUGCCUUGCUGGCAUGUCCAGAAGCGUCACAGUAGCUGUGGCCUACAUCAUGACUGUGACGAAUCUGAACUGGAAAGAAGCCUUGAAGGUUGUCAAAGCAGGUAGAUCAGUUGCCAAUCCAAACCUAGGAUUCCAGAAGCAGUUACAAGAAUUUGAAUCACUGAGGGUAGGCGAGGAAAGAAGAAGGCUCAAGGAAAGGUAUCCGAGUUUAGCCUUAGUCAAGGGUGAUCGAGAGCAAUGCAUGCUGAUGUUGGAAAACUACGAGGAGCUUCUGCAAUCUCGAUCGAUUUGCGAAGGUCGAUGUGCCUUGGGAGAAGAAUGCCCCACAGGACUCUGUCGGUCAACUCCGCAGAGAAAGAGAUCUAGCCGUAAUUCCGUCCGGUCGAAGUCAGAAAUUAGUAGAAGUCCGAGCACAACGAGCAAUAAAAGCACGACCAGCACAUCUACCAACACAUCGCGACCCAGAUCGGGCCCCCCAGGUCUUAGGAGUUAUACCGGCUCAACUCCACCGUCUAGAUCUGGAUCCCGUGUGGACAUAUCUUCUUUAGGAGGUUCGGGUUCUCGAACAACACCUUCUACACCGCAAGGAAGCCCUCCAAUAUCGCCGAAAAGAUCUCUCAGAAAACCCAUAUCGGUACCACUAGCCCUACAUGAAGAUGAGGACUUAUAGCACACAGCAGUCAAUAGUAAUUCAAGGCAAUAUUCUAGCGUUGAUUCUAGACGUAAUUAAAUCAGAAACUCUUUCUUCUUUCUCGAUGAAGUACAAAUUUUAUGGGAAAAUGUGAGACUUGGUAUUCAUUUCAAAAUUCCUUCAUUUAAUCUGAACUUAUCAUUAUAGGAACAAAGUAUGCGCAAACGAGCAUUUUGGUGAGGUGGAUACCUCAAAUCUUAUGGAGUGGCAAAUUAAUCAGUCCAGUCUGUUCAUUUAGGCGGUAUAUGAAAGGGACAAAUUGUUUGAAAGUGUCGAACUAUUACACAUUUAUUUUACACUCACAUUUUCUCAUAGGCAUCCCAAAGACCUUGAUUUUCAACAUUGACUGCGGUACUUUAACUGCCCUAUAACCUUUAAGUCACAUCCUAUUUCAAGAAAUCCAAACGUUUUAGUAAUUUUGAAAUGAAAGGAGGAAGAGCAUAUUUUUUAUAAAACCUUACAAAAUAAAAAAGCAAUAAGUGAGGAUUAUGAGGAAAUAUUCAAUUAUCAUUCAUUGCAAAUAAUUAAAGGUGUCCGAUCGAUUGAAUUUUUGUGGAGCAUCUUUGGUUAUUAUUUACACCGUGAAAUUGAAAAAUGCAAAAGUGUGAUGUUUUGUAUUUUAGAUCGUUUUAUUGAAGAUCUCAAUACAAUGUAUUCAGAAAACAUAUAAUAUCUAGCUGAACUUUUUGCAAUAUCCCGCAAUGGGAAAGAAAUAUGGAGAAAUGGGUCAACUCUUUACGAACUUUUAAAACUUCUCUUUCACUAAAAAUGGUUUUUUGAAGACUUUGCCGAUGAAUAAAUUGACAUAUUUGAAGAAGGAUCUUUAUUGACAGGGUGGAUCAUUUCUUCAUAUAUUCUUUUUUCACUUCGCAGGUUAUUUUCACCGGAAAAUUUUAAAUUUGACACAUUGUGAAUAUUGAUCUCAUUGUAGAUUUAGUAGCAUUAGAAUGGUAGUUUUCUCCCAGAAGGUUUAUUUAAUUACAGUUAUAUUGUAUUUCUGUGGAAAUAUUUGAACGAAAAAUUUUCAUGAUUUUGUAGUGGUUGAGAUCGAAAUUUUGACCCAGGAUUCGAUGUUUUUUGGUUGAGAUAGGUACACUAUUACCUAAGUAUAGGUAUUGUGAAGAGCAUAUUUCCUGCGAAUUUCAAAAAAGUGCGUCCAUCAUGACUUGUAUAUAAAAUUCGAAUAUCUCGAAACGUGCAUGAAGGUAUGAAAUAGAAAACCUAGGAAAAAAUUUGUGAAAUUCUACAAGGAAAAUUAUCGAAUGCAUUAUACACGAAAUCAUGGAAAUAAGUAAUUGGUAAUGGGUUCCUUUAUAAUUUAUAUCCAUUAUGUAAUUCAUUGAUAGUUUGUAGCUAUAGCAUAUCUUAGGAAAUUAAGUGCUUUUAAUCACCUAUAUGAUAUUCAUCCAAUGUAGUAAUAAACCAAUUUAUGUAAAUUAUAUCAACAUAGGAAGAAUAGGUACAAUAUAAAAAUAUGAAGAAUUUCUUCUCUGCGAAAAAAAGGAAACUUCAAUCUUCAAUGUCAAUGAACCGUCAUUAAUCAUAUAAGUUCAUCUAGGAAUUGAUUAAUUAUUAUUAUCCUUAUACGCCUGAAAGCCAGUUAAUCGAUAAAUUGGCAGGGAGGACAGUCUGAAAGUUUUCACAGCAGGUUGUGAAUAUAUUUCGGUUAGAUAGUAACGGACUGAAAUGAGAAUGAAUUCUUUGUUGUACAUUCGAACAGUGCUCAAAUACCAUUAAAAUUGAACAUUUUGAGAAAAGAAAUAGAGAUAUUUAUUAUACAUAUAAGAUAUCGUUUUAAGCGCUGGACGCUUUUUUAUAUUUCGAUAAAAUUUAAUAGUUGAUAAUAUAUACGAGAACAUA